AUGGCCGAAAUAAUUGACGACAAAUCUCCUGUCGUAAUCCCGUUCAUUCUUUCCCAUCUCGCAAAGCACCGUGAGAAGCAGCCAAAUAAACCCUUCUUCAUCGGCCUCAAUGGUGUACAGGGCGCUGGCAAAACAGUGCUCGUCACUGAGCUCAAACGCACACUCGCCUCGAAGGGGCUCAAGCCUGCCGUGUUCUCCUUAGAUGAUCUAUAUCUCACGCAUGCUGAUCAACUAGAGCUUGGAAAAGCCAAUCCGUCCAACCCAUUGCUCCAGCAUCGCGGUCAGCCAUCGACUCACGACAUCGCGCUCGCAUUGUCAAUAUUUGAGGAUUUGAGUCACAAUCGACCGACCAAAAUUCCGCAGUACAACAAAGCCCUCUUUUCUGGAAAGGGCGACAGACUGCCUGAAGCAGAAUGGGAAUCAAUCACGGAGCCUGUAGACAUUGUUCUGUUCGAGGGCUGGUGCGUCGGCUUUCAACCGCUACAAGUCGAUGAGCUCACGCGCAAACAUGCUUCAGCGGCUAGUGCUGCCGCCAACGACCAAUAUUCUUAUACAGGCCGACUCGGUCACAACACUGAGGAGUCAGUGACAACGAUCAAUACAGCAUUGGACCAAUAUUCACGACUCUGGUCUUACUUCGACGUAUUUGUACAUAUCGAUGCAGCAGAUCCAUUGUUCGUCUACAAAUGGCGACUACAGCAGGAGGCGACUACUAGGCGCGUGCGAGGUGGCGGCAUGACCGACGACGAAGUCACUCACUUUGUUGACGGCUACUUUCCUGCAUAUGAGCUCUAUACCGAGACGCUCAGAAACGGUAUAUUCAAGCCGAAUAAUCGAGUCGCUGGCGGUUCGGGAACAGCAGAUUGGAAAGGCCGUCAAUUGAGACUUAUCGUCGAUGAGAACAGAAGAGUGAAGGAGGCAAUCACCAUAUAA